GUUGUGUGUGUUGAUAUAAAAUUCCUGGUGUUCAAGACGUACUUGUAAUGCGCUCCAGUCGCUAUUAAGAGCGUGUCCUUAUGCAGAGUGGAGGGAUGGACUCUAAAGUGGCUUCUCGUGGAAUAACUCUCUUUACUUUAGGUUUGGCAUUAGCUAUUGCUCUGAAUCAGCUAUGGAGUCUAGUGCUGCCUGCAUGGCUACUGUUCCCCCUACUGGCUGGUGCUGUGACAAUCACAGGUCUCCUCUACCCCUACGUGAGUGGAGAGGAUGCCCCUGAUAUUAGUGAGAUAAUGAGAUGCGUGGCCGUCUCUGUUGGUAUAUUUCAAGCUAGUACUAAGAUUGAUUUCUCAAGCUACAUUGAGCUAGCAGUUACAAUGGGAGCACUGGGAGUGGGAAUGUGGUGGUUGUUUGAUCGCUCAAAGGGCGGGCUAUUGCUCAGCUUUGUGCUCACUCUACUCUCCACUGGAAUAACUGCCGUCCUACUACACCUCUACAAUGUCAAAUUAUCUGAUCCAAGGUUCUUCUACUCGCGACUGUGGUGUAUCUAUUUCUCUGGCUGCAUAACCUUUGGAACUAUAGGACGGCGCUUGGCUCUUAGUGACUAGCAACCUAGUUAGUGAUCAUGCUUAUCUACCACUCUUUUUUACUCAUUGAUUUCUUAUUUUAAUUGUCGCACAAUAUAAUUAUAUUGAAUAUACAAAACUAUAAUUAUUAUACAGAA